AUAAAUUACGAAGAAAUAAGAAAAUUUGACGAAAAUUUUAGAGAAAAGAUUUGUGGUUAAUUAUUACCCUUUUAGUUGAAGGGAUUAGAAAAAUCAAUAUAACAGCACUUAUACACACACACAUAAACCACCGGUUAUUUUUCUUGGAAGUCGUAACGAGCCCGUUAAAGAAAAACUCCGACGGGGGAAAUCGUAACCCUAAUCGGUUCGAUGUCAACAUCCGGGCAACAGCAAUUCCGGUAUACUCAAACGCCGUCGAAAGUUCUUCACCUCCGUAAUCUUCCAUGGGAUUGCAACGAUGAAGAGCUAGUAGAACUUUGUAAGCCCUUUGGUAAAAUUGUCAACACCAAAUGCAACGUCGGAGCCAAUCGCAACCAAGCGUUUGUCGAAUUCUCGGACCUUAAUCAAGCAAUCAAUAUGGUUUCAUAUUAUGCUUCAUCUUCAGAGCCUGCUCAAGUUCGUGGCAAGACAGUGUACAUUCAGUAUUCUAACAGGAAUGAGAUCGUCAAUAAUAAGAGUCCUGGAGAUGUUCCAGGAAAUGUUUUGCUGGUAACUAUCGAGGGUGUUGAAGCUGGUGAUGUCAGUAUCGAUGUCAUUCAUUUGGUAUUUUCAGCCUUUGGUUUUGUUCAGAAGAUUGCUACUUUCGAAAAGGCUGCAGGUUUUCAGGCAUUGAUUCAAUUUAGUGAUGUUGGGACAGCAACUGCUGCUAGAGAGGCAUUAGAUGGAAGAAGUAUACCAAAGUACCUGCUUCCAGAACAUGUUAAUCAUUGUCACUUGCGCAUCUCAUAUUCAGCACACACGGACCUUAAUAUUAAGUUUCAAUCUCAUCGAAGCAGGGACUACACAAACCCUUAUCUUCCAGUAAAUCCUACUGCAAUGGAGGGGCUUCUUCAGCCUGUUGUAGGUCCAGAUGGAAAGAAACAGGAAGCUGAGAGUAAUGUGCUUUUUGCCUCUUUAGAGAAUAUGCAGUAUGCUGUUACUGUUGAUGUCCUUACCACGGUGUUCUCUUCCUUUGGUACCGUUCAAAAGAUCGCUAUAUUUGAGAAGAAUGGUCAAACCCAGGCAUUAAUUCAGUAUCCUGAUGUAACAACUGCAGCUGCUGCAAAGGACGCUUUAGAGGGACACUGCAUAUAUGAUGGUGGCUAUUGUAAGCUUCAUCUAUCAUACUCUCGUCAUACUGAUCUGAAUGUACAGGCAUACAGUGACAAAAGUAGAGAUUACACAGUUCCAGAAUCAAGUUUGCUUGCGAUGCAGCAAUCAGCUGCAGUCCAUGCCCCACCAGCUGUUUGGCAUAACCCUCAGUCUGGUCCAGCACAGUCAUCAGCUGGCUAUGCCGCUGUUGGUGCUGUUCCUGGCCAAGCACCACCGACAUCCCCAUUAUCCUCAUGGAAUCCAAAUUUGCAGGGUGGCGGAUCAACCUUCCCGUCAGCUCCUACCAGAUAUCCUGGUCAUUCAUAUGCUCCACCGGUUCCUGCUUAUGCAACUGCAGUAAAUCCUCCGGGAUCGUCACAGCAGACCAACCCCAUUGCUGUUGGUAGUCCGCCCUUUAGUGUAAGUCAGCCUUUUCAUCCAUCAACCAUGCCGCCGGGAGGUAUUCCACCACCUGGUCAUGCACCUUAUCAUGGUUAAUAGGCUCUCUCGGGAACAUCGAAGCUGUUUUUAGUUCACGCUGGCUUAGGUUCUUGUUUACUGUCGGAGUGGGCUUGUGAUGUCAGCUGUAUACCUUCACAUUCUCUUUUUCUCGAAAUUUACUCCUAAGUUUUAGCUUUUUGGCUUUCUUGAUGAAUUGAACUAAAUGUUUGACCUGAGAGUGGAAUAGAAUCAUCUGUAUAAUGAGCUCUUUAGUAAUGAUGAUUUUUCUUAUGGACA